AUGGUUAAGGAGGAUUUGUUACUCACGAUAGAUAGCGACGCGGAGGUCGAGAAUGAUUCAGACUCAUCUGUUGAAGACGUCAAGGAAGAACCUAGCGAUAUCAAUCCUCAUUUUGAAUUCUCCAUUGGCGAUGAGGUCGAUGAGAUAAAAGACUGGGAAGCGGAAACUGAAGAAACAAACAAGGAUGUGAAUUUGGAUGAGAUUAUUGAAAAGAAAAGAGGUGAUCUACCAGAGGAAGAUGAGGAGGUGGUGGAGAGCUCUGAAAUGGAGGAAGAAGUUGACCAGAUUGCCCAAGAAGGAGCAGAAGAUGAGGAGGACGAUCCUGACGCAGAGGAGUUUUACGAAUCACCGCAAAGUAAUGAAACAACCAGCACCACCACGUUUCAGGAACUACAACUUUCACGUCCCAUUUUAAAGAGCUUGCAGUCGUUGUCAUUUGCAUCACCAACACCUAUUCAAUCGUCAACUAUUCCAAUUGCAUUGUUGGGUAAGGACAUUGUCGCAGGUGCACAAACAGGUAGUGGUAAAACAGCAGCAUACUUGAUACCAUUGAUUGAACGGUUAAUUUUCAAAAACUCAACGUCAACAAAAGCAAUCAUUCUUGCGCCAACGAGAGAGUUAGCCAUUCAGGUUUACGAUGUAGGUAGGAAAUUGGGCCAGUUUGUGAAAAACUUGAGUUUUGGAUUGGCUGUGGGUGGAUUGAACUUGAGACAGCAGGAGCAACAGCUAAAGUCAAGGCCCGAUAUUGUAAUUGCUACACCAGGUAGAUUGAUUGACCAUAUACGAAACAGUCCUAGCUUCAGCGUUGAGGAUGUCCAAGUGUUGGUGAUUGACGAAGCAGAUAGAAUGUUGGAGGAAGGGUUUCAAGAGGAAUUGACGGAGAUAUUGUCGUUAAUACCAAAGCAAAAGAGACAGACAUUAUUGUUUUCAGCCACAAUGAACACCAAGGUGCAAGAUUUAGUCCAGUUGUCGCUCAACAAGCCAGUUCGUGUCAUGAUUGACCCCCCAAAGACUGUCGCAUCAAAAUUAGAACAACAGUUUGUUCGUAUUCGUAAGAGAGAAAACUUGAAACCAGCACUACUCUUUCAGUUAUUGAGAAAGUUAGAUGGAAGGAUUGUCGUGUUUGUGUCACGAAAGGAGAUGGCACACAAAUUGAGAGUUAUCUUGGGGUUGCUUGGACUCAGGGUAGCAGAGUUGCAUGGUGCUUUAACACAAGAGCAGCGUUUGGCAAAUAUGAAGCUGUUUAUGGGCGACGUCAAUGUCUUGAUUUGUACAGACUUGGCGGCCAGAGGUUUGGAUAUAAGGAUAGAGUAUGUGGUCAACUUUGACAUGCCAAAAACCUACGAAAUUUAUUUGCAUAGGGUUGGUAGAACCGCAAGAGCAGGAAGGAAGGGUACAUCGAUCACGUUUGUUGGGGAAAGCAACCAAGAUAGAGCUAUAGUGAAGGCGGCAAUAAACAACGGAAGGAGUGUGGCGAGAAAAGUCGAUUGGAACGACGUUGAAGCGAUAAACAAGAGAAUAGAUGAAAAGGAGUCGGCCGUGGAGGAGGUUUUACAAGAGGAGAAGGAGGCAAAAGAAAUAUUGAGGGCUGAAAUGCAAUUGAAUAAAGCCACUAAUUUGAUAAAGUAUGAGAAGGACAUUCACUCGAGACCAAAACGAACUUGGUUCAAAAGUGAUGUCAUGGGCCAAUUGACAAAACAGGGCAAGAAGGUGAAUUCAAAAAAGAGAAAGGCCAAUGAAGAAAAGAAGGAAAAUGAAAAACGAUCAUAUAAAAAGACGAAAGCGGAUAGAAGCAAGAAAAGUGGCAAGCGAAAAUAA